AUGAACCAAACCCUGUUAACUAAGUGCCUAUGGAGAUAUGGAAAAGAGAAAUCUAGUCUAUGGCGCAAAAUCAUCCAAGAGAAGUGUCGAGGUGAUGAAGAGGCAUGGACUGCUCCACAAACAAACCAUACUCAAGGGUGUGGGUUAUGGAAAAAUAUUCUGAAGCAAUCAAAAUUUUUGAAAAGUGGGACUAAGCAAGUUGUAUCGAGUGGUAAGAAUGUUCGUUUUUUGGAAGAUAGUUGGAAAACAACACAACCCUUGAAGGAGCUCUUUCCUAAAAUUUGGAGAAAGUCGAGCAAGAAAGGAAGAGUGAAACACAGAAUGGUGAACAUAAAUGGGUUGCAAACUCCAUCAUGGGAUUUAGGCUUUAAAUCGGGUUUCAGAGAAGAAAAUAUAAGUGAUGUUGCUGCGCUCAUUGAAACUAUUGGGGAUCCUAGCAAUUUAGGAACAAAAGAAGAUACAAAGUCAUGGACUCCGGGAAAAAAUGGAGAAUUCUCAGUUUCUUCUUGUUACGAAAUGAUUGAUGGACAACAACAAUUACUAGGACAAGCUCAAGCUCAAGCAAGACAAUGCAGAAUGCCGUCGAAUUACAUUUGGAAUUCAGCCAUCCCAACGAAAGUGUCAUUUCUAGUUUGGGCUGCAACAAUGAAUGGAUCACCAACUAUUGAUCGUUUACGUCGAAGAGGGAUGGCAAUCACAAACAUCAGCUGUUGUUUGUGUCAUCAAGAACCCGAAUCAAUUUCACACAUCUUUAUUCAAUGUGAGUUUGCAAAGAAGGUGUGGGGUCAUUUCUUAAACUUGUUGGAAAUUAGAUGGAGGCCUUCAGAUUCAUGUAUGGAUUUCAUUGUGUCUUGGAAGUUGAAAUUCAUGACCGAACCAAGGGAAUUUCUAAAUUCUGUUUGCCUUUCGCUAUAUGGAAGCAAAUCUGGGAGGAAAGGAACGAUAGAGUUUUCCGCAACAAGGAAAAAACAGUAG